AUGACGGAGGCGGACUUCUUCGAGUCGGCGGUGGACGCCAGGCCGGGGCACGGCGCCAAGGGGAAGUCCGCGGUCACCAAGGCGCCUGACAUGGAGAUGCAGGCCUCCCGGACGCAGGGCAACAGGCCCAAUGUGCACCAGCUGCAGCAGGAGGAGCUGCAGCCGUGGUACUGGUGGGUGGCGUGCUGCUUCCCGGAGGCGGCCGUGCCUCCUCCAGGCGCCCACCAGGGCGAGCAUCAGUCCAACAUACCAACGGGGGCCACGGGUGAGAUAGCCUGGGAGGAGCCCGUGGCUGUGGCAAAGCCAAUCGAGGAGGUAGAUGAGGACACUGCCGACCAAUUCAAGACGGCGCGGUCCAUGUUCACCAUGGCCAGCACCAACGGCAUGAGCCUGAUUCGGAUGCAGCAGCUGGACAAGGUCGCGCCGGCGGCCGUGCCGACUGCAUCAAUAACAAACACCAUUCCGCUGGUUGUGUCGAUCCCGGACAGCAUGGGCGUCGGCGGCAAGUGGAUGAAGGACAUGGCCAGGAGCGACCCCAGCCCUGGCGCAUGCGACAAGGUCCUUAAGGCCAGCUAUUUGGUGACGAGCAUCCGAGCGAAGAUCAAGGAGUUUGAGAUUCGCGAUGAUCUCAAGACCAUAGGCUUCAACGUGAAGGUUCCGGUAAUGGGGAUGGGCCACCGCCUUGAAUCCUUCCCGAAAGAUGGCACCCUCCAAGAAAUAUCUGGCAGGCGAGACGACAAAUCUGGCAGGGCUGUCGGGCAGGCUUUGGCCCUCAUGGACGGCCGGAUACUCGUCAGGGCGUGGAACCUGGGAUCCAGUCCCGAGGUCAUGUGGGUGGAGAUACUGACCUUCAAGAGCCCCACCAGUCUCGAGACCGACCAUUACAUAUACACCCUCGAUGGCAAGCAGGAAGGCCACCAACGGUCCGUGUCGUUCAAGGUUCACUGA